AUGGACCAAGGAGGCCACACGUGUGAGGAAGCCACCUCCCACGGCUACUAUGAAAUAAGCAUCGUAUCACUCAGCAUCGGGCCUGGCUCCAGGAGGUUCCACCUCGAGCCCCGGGCCACUCCUCGGGCUGAGUUGGGGCAGCGGGGCCACGUGGCCCGGUCUGGGUCCCGGCUUCAGCACCCAUUUGCUAGGUGGCUCUGGAGCAGACGAGGCCGACAGGUGCCAGGGACCACAGCCCCAGCGGCGCGAAACCGGCGCGCGUCGGGGGUCCCGGGGGAAGUGGAGAUAGUAAAGGGGCAGCCGUUCGACGUGGGCCCGCGCUACACGCAGCUGCAGUACAUCGGCGAGGGCGCGUACGGCAUGGUCAGCUCAGCUUACGACCACGUGCGCAAGACUCGAGUGGCCAUCAAGAAAAUCAGCCCCUUUGAGCAUCAGACCUACUGCCAGCGCACAUUGCGAGAGAUUCAGAUUCUGCUGCGCUUCCGCCAUGAGAACGUCAUCGGCAUCCGAGACAUUCUGCGGGCACCCACCCUGGAAGCCAUGAGGGAUGUCUACAUCGUGCAGGACCUGAUGGAGACAGACCUGUACAAAUUGCUCAAGAGCCAGCAGCUGAGCAACGACCAUGUCUGCUACUUCCUGUACCAGAUCCUGCGGGGCCUGAAGUAUAUCCACUCCGCCAACGUGCUCCACCGGGAUUUAAAGCCCUCCAACCUGCUCAUCAACACCACCUGCGACCUUAAGAUCUGUGAUUUCGGUCUUGCCCGGAUUGCUGAUCCCGAGCACGACCACACUGGCUUCCUGACGGAAUACGUGGCCACACGCUGGUACCGGGCCCCAGAGAUCAUGCUUAACUCCAAGGGCUACACCAAGUCCAUCGACAUCUGGUCUGUGGGCUGCAUUCUGGCUGAGAUGCUCUCCAACCGGCCCAUCUUCCCUGGCAAGCACUACCUGGACCAGCUCAACCACAUUCUGGGUAUUCUGGGCUCCCCAUCCCAGGAGGACCUGAAUUGUAUCAUCAACAUGAAGGCCCGAAACUACCUACAGUCUCUGCCCUCCAAGACCAAGGUGGCCUGGGCCAAGCUUUUUCCUAAGUCGGACCCCAAAGCUCUUGACCUGCUGGACCGGAUGUUGACCUUUAACCCCAACAAACGGAUCACAGUGGAAGAAGCGCUGGCUCACCCCUACCUGGAGCAGUACUAUGACCCAACGGAUGAGCCAGUGGCCGAGGAACCUUUCACCUUCGACAUGGAGCUGGAUGAUCUACCCAAGGAACGACUGAAGGAGCUCAUCUUCCAGGAGACAGCCCGCUUCCAGCCUGGGGUGCUGGAAGCCUCCUAACCUGGCUGGCUGCCUCUGCUCCUGGGGCCUGGCCCUGCCUCCUGCCUGCCCCUCCCCUGCUGGACUGUUAGAAAAUGGACCGUGUGCCCAGCCCAGACCCCUCCGACAGCCCAGGUCGGGGGUGAAGGGCGGGCCUGGCCACCUCCCUUCGCUUCGCUCAGGCGUCCUGCCUCAGGCAGGCCAAUGCGCCCUUCCUUUCCUCCUCCCGCCACACCCCCCACCCAGGACCUGAGGGGCUGAGGUGGCCCCAAAGCAAAUUCCCCUCUGCUGCUCGGCCUCUGUCUGCCCGGCUCUCCCAGUGUCUGGUAGUUCUGGAAUCCAAGGGCUCUGGUUGCCCCGGACCGGCUGAGGGGUGGUGGGGGAGGGGCGAGGAGGACACGAGUUGGGACUCAGGGUCAGCCCUGCCCCUCUCGCCUCGUUAAAACCCCACCCUGUUUUCCCUGAAGGAACAUUCCUAAGGCUCAAGGGCUAGUACCCCUGAGGAGCGGGGCCCAGGUCUCAACCCCUCCCCUACAAAGCUGCCACAUCUAAUGUCCCUGCUGCUUCCGUGUGCCGGUGAGCAGAGGUGGAGUUGGGGGCACGUGGCGCGCCCAGGGCCCCCGCCCACCCCUGUGCCUGUGUCUAAUAUAUAAAUAUAGAGAUGUGUCUAUGGAUG